AAAAAAACAAAAAAUAUAACACGGUUUCGAAAAACAUUGAUAUUUGUUUCGGUUGUCGCUGCAAACUCAGCUUUGAAGUGCCUUAAAACUGCCGUCCACGAUCACCUUUGUGCUAAAUUUCUCACUUUUUCAUUAAACUUCCCCUCUUUCGUUAUUUCCAUUCAUUUAAAUUUCUUUGAUUUUUCACUCUCUUUUAUCUCGAGUUGCCUUUUCAUUACAUCACGCUGUAGCCUUCAAUAUAUAUAUAUAUAGAUAUACACAGACAAAGAUGUAAAUAUAUUUAUAAAUGUAUUUGUCGACUCGACGAGUCGAGGAUCCACCGUCCGUCACCUCGUGCCUUUGACAAAACCCGAGUGAUCGCUUUCCUGCCCAUUCUCUCCCUCCGAAUACUCCAAAAAUCGGCAAAGCUGUGAUUUCCUUACCUCUUCUUUCUCGCAUCCCCCACCAAAAGUACGAUUUUCUUUGAAUUUUCUCUUGUGAUUCGCAAUUUGUGAUAAGAUCGCGAUUCCGUCCGUAUUAUCUACUCACAAAUAACGUUCGGUCGAGAAGUUUCUUGAUCGAGUGAAGAACUUCGGGGCUGCCGGAGACGAAAACACCAUGACAAUAAACCGUCGAGUGACUCUGGAGGUUUUCGCUCACGCAGAAGAUCACCCUCGGCAAUCGCAAUGGCUACUUUGUCGCUUCGCAUCUCCAUACCGGAGAAAAAUGCGACCAAGAUGAUGCAGUUCGAUCCCAGCACUUCGGUGUACGAUGCUUGCCGGAUCAUCAGGGAAAAACUUGCUGAAGCAACGAAUAUGGGCCAACCAAAAGAUUACGGUCUGUUUUUGGCCGACGAGGAUAUAAAGAAAGGUGUGUGGCUCGAGCCAGGACGUAAUCUCGACUACUACAUCCUGAGAAACGGUGAUUUACUCGAGUAUCGUCGAAAAUUACGAACACUGCGAGUCCGGAUGUUGGACGGAACGUUGAAAACUCUUCUCGUCGACGACAGUCAACCGGUUGCUAAUCUCAUGGUUGUAAUAUGCACGAAAAUAGGAAUAACGAACCACGACGAAUAUUCCUUGGUGCGUGACUUCUUUGACGAGGAAACCGAGAAUCAAAAACCUGGAAAUUUCGGUACUCUCACUCUUAAACGACGCAAAGAAGAGAAAGGCGAGAGAGACGCGAAAAUGGAUCAGUUGAGAAAAAAAUUAAAAACUGACGACGAAGUUAAUUGGAUCGAUCCAUCGAAGACACUUCGCGAACAAGGCAUCGACGAGUCCGAAACUGUCCUUCUCCGUCGCAAAUAUUUCUUCUCCGAUCAAAACAUCGACAGUCGUGACCCCGUACAACUAUCGCUGCUGUACGUCCAAGCACGCGACGCGAUACUCGAUGGAACACAUCCCGUUACGCAGGAAAAAGCGUGUACCUUCGCUGGUAUACAGUGCCAAAUACAAUUCGGUGAUUACAAGGAAGAUAAACACAAACCAGGAUUUCUUGACUUGAAGGAAUUUUUGCCUCAGUCUUAUCUGAAGGUGAAAGGAAUCGAGAAAAAAGUAUUCGCCGAGCACAAAAAGCACGUUGGUCUUUCGGAGUUGGACGCAAAAGUAUUGUACACGAAAACGGCGCGUUCGUUGAGCACGUACGGAGUGACAUUUUUCCUGGUGAAAGAAAAAAUGAUUGGAAAGAAUAAGCUAGUACCGCGUUUGCUAGGCGUCACGAAAGAUUCGGUCUUGAGACUGGACGAAAGAACGAAAGAAAUAUUGAAAACAUGGCCUUUGACGACCGUGAGAAGAUGGGGAGCGUCGCCCAAUACCUUCACCCUCGAUUUUGGCGAUUAUUCAGAUCAAUAUUACAGCGUCCAAACCACUGAAGCUGAACAAAUUUUGCAGCUUAUCGCUGGAUACAUCGACAUUAUUCUAAAAAAACAAAAGGCUAAAGAUCACUUCGGUAUCGAAGGCGACGAAGGCUCCACCAUGGUCGAAGACAGUGUAUCGCCCUUAAAAGCCACGAUAAUGCAACAUGAGACGAGCAACGUGGGCAAAGGAAACGUCGAGGCAGUCUCCGUGGCAAUUCCAGCUGUAAUGAGAGUCGGUGGUGACGGAGCCAGACCGUACGGGACCGGCCACAUGGGGGGAGCUCAGUACACGACGGUCAGCGGACAAGUCAACAUCGCUCACGCACCGCCAAUGGUGCAGCAGACAAGAGUGACUUCGGUGUUGACGGAACCACAGAGAGCUUUACUGUCGAGAAUAACGGCCGGUCACGAGAUAAUUCACAUGUCCGAGGUCGAGCUGACGACGAAAGCGCAGCUUCCCGAGUUGGGAAGUGAUCCAGCGUCUUUGAGAUGGAUAGAACAGACGAUGGACACACACAAGCAAAAUGUCGGCUCCCAAAUAGCCGAAAUGAACGCGGCAACGGCUCAAGUCGUUACGCUAACUUCCGGUCCCGCCGACGAUGUCGAUCACACCGCAGUUGGUGCUGCCAUUACAACGAUUGCUACCAAUUUACCGGAAAUGACGAAAGGCGUAAGAAUGAUUGCUGCUCUCAUGGAAGACGACACUUCCGGUCUGAGACUCCUUGACGCUGCUAGGAAAUUGUGCACCGCCUUCUCCGAUUUACUGAAAGCGACAGAGCCCGAAACCAAAGAGCCGUUCUAUAUAACUUCAACGCUGUACGGACAAUACCCGCGGCAAAAUCUUUUGAACGCAGCAUCGAGGGUCGGUGAGGCAUCGCACCAGGUUUUGACGACAAUCGGUGAGGAGAACGAGACGAAUAGAGAGUUGCAAGACAUGUUAUUGGCGUUGGCAAAAGCAGUGGCGAAUACAACAGCGGCUUUGGUAUUGAAGGCUCGUAAUAUAGCAGCGACUUGCGAGGAUUCGCAGACGCAAAAUCGGGUGAUAUCAGCAGCGACGCAGUGUGCAUUAGCGACCUCGCAACUGGUAGCAUGUGCGAAGGUCGUUGCGCCGACGCUCCAAUCGCCAGCUUGUCAGACGCAGUUAAUGAACGCGGUGAGGGAAGUUACGAAAGCGGUCGAAGGUUUGGUCGACGUUUGUAACGAGACUUGCUCCGAUGAGAAUUUAUUGAAGGAAUUGAGCCUCGCAGCUGCCGAAGUGAGUCGCACUUUGAACGAUUUGUUGAACCACAUCAGAACGGCGACAAGGAGCGGCGAGCGAGCGACGACGACCGUUCAGGAGAUCGCGGUCGAGACCAUUAUGAGCGCGACCGAUCGUUUGUUCGCCAGCAGCGGCGACGCCGGUGAAAUGGUACGACAAGCUAAAAUCGUCGGUCAAGCAACUGCACAAUUGAUCCAGAGCAUCAAGGGAGAAGCCGAGCGGCAAACCGAUACCGAACAAUUGAGAAAAUUGUUAGCAGCCGCGAAAAAACUCGCAGACGCAACCGCCAAAAUGGUCGAAGCCGCACGCCAAUGCGCCAGUAGCCCUCAGGAUCCACGAAUGCAGGAUCAACUCCGAGACGCUGCGAUCAAUCUUCGUAACGCGACAAACGCCGCGUCGACUCCUUCCCUUCGCCGCAAAGUCGUAACCGAGAUAACCGAAACUUACGUCAUCGACAAAAGCCAGUUCGUACGCGCCGCACAAGCCAUUCACGAGGGCUGCGGCAAUCUCAGGAAUCCCUCGAGCACCAAGCAACAAGUCCUCGAAGCUGCCACCAUGAUCGCUAAACAUACGAGCGCCCUUUGCAACGCUUGUCGAUCAGCUUCCAGCAAAACAAACGAUCCAGUUUCCAAACGACACUUCGUACAAUCUGCUAAAGACGUGGCCAAUUCCACUGCCAAUCUCGUCAAAGAAAUCAAGAGUCUCGAUCGCGAUUAUUCCGAAAACAACAGAGAACGCUGCUCCACGGCUACCAGACCUUUGCUCGAAGCUGUUGAUAAUCUUUGCGAAUUCGCUGGCUGCAGCACCAAAGAAUUCUCCAUACUCGAGACUAAGACCGAAGUCAUCGAGGUUCGAGAAGAGACUCACGAAACGGAGGAGAUUAGAGAGGAGCCGAUGAGCGGGGCCGGCAAAGCUGUUAUCGACGGUGCUUGUGCAAUGGUAGAAACAGCCAAAAGUUUAGCAGCUAGUCCAAAGGAUGAGCCGACCUGGCAACUAUUAGCGCAUCACAGUAAGAACGUGAGCGAGUCGAUAAAGACUCUUGUAGCAUCGAUCAGAGACAAGACUCCUGGUCAAGAGGAAUGUGACGCAGCGAUUGAAAAAUUAGUCGCCAGAAUUCGCGAACUCGAUUCGGCGAGCUUGAGCGCUGUUUCGCAAUCUCUUAUGCCAAGAAAAGAAAAUUCUUCUCAAGGUUUCAUCGAUCAAAUGGAUCGCAGCGUCAGCGAGUUGAGAGAAAAAUUGGAGCCGUUACGCGUCGCUGCGAAAUACGAACCCGACAGUAUCGCUUCGGUUGUAAAUGAUAUCGCACACUGUACCGAACCACUCGUUUCCGGUGCAAUCGGAGCAGCUUCGAACAUGGUACACUCGAAACAGCAAGCUGUUCUCCUCGACCAGACCAAGACUGUCACUGAAUCGGCUCUCCAACUGAUUUACGUAACGAAAGAAGCCGGCGGAAAUCCUGAGGCCGCAGCUCUUCAUGCCGAAAUUGACGAAACCGUUGAAUCGACCAAAGACACCAUCAGAGAACUGCAAAAUACUCUCGAAAGCAUUUCUACCUCGAACGGUAUCGUCACUGGCUUGAUCGAAACCAUUUCCCGAGCUACUAUGCGACUCGAAGAACAUCGCUCCUCGACCGUCGAUACCGUCGACUCUUUCGUCGAAUAUCAAACGAGAAUGGUCGAGGCUGCUAAGGAAAUAGCUCGCCUCGCUCAAGAAAUGUCAACAAAGUCAAGCACGGACGUAGGCAGGUUGGGUCCGCUGGCGGUGGACAUUUCCCACAAAUAUACGCAACUGGCUCGGGACACAUCCGGUGCAUCAGCGGCGGCAUCGAACGCCGAUGUCUCAUCGCGAUUGCGUUCGGGUGUCCAAGAACUGGGACGCGCAUGUGCGGACAUUGUCCGUGCAGCGGGAGUAUGUCAAUUGUCGCCUGGUGACGUUUACGCGCAGCGGGAAGUUGCCGAAAACGGUAAAAUCGUAACGGAAAAAGUGUCUCAAGUACUGGCGGCGCUUCAAGCCGGUUCUCGGGGUACCCAGGCAUGUAUAAACGCGGCGAGUACAGUUUCCGGAAUAAUCGGCGAUCUCGAUACGACUAUAAUGUUUGCAACGGCGGGAACGCUUCACGCGGAAAACGAGGGCGAUACGUUCGCGGAUCAUCGUGAAAAUAUCUUGAAAACAGCAAAAGCUCUGGUCGAAGAUACUAAAACAUUAGUCGCCGGUGCAGCAUCAUCACAGGAGCAGCUAGCAGUUGCCGCUCAAAACGCCGUUUCGACUAUCGUGCAAUUGGCUGAGGUUGUCAAAUACGGCGCCGCCAGUCUCGGCAGUCAAAAUUCCGAAGCCCAAGUCAUGCUCAUCAACGCUGUCAAGGACGUCGCUUCUGCUCUCGGCGAUCUCAUCCACGCCACUAAAGCGGCCAGCGGCAAACCCAUCAACGAUCCAAGCAUGGCUCAUCUCAAGGACUCUGCCAAAGUAAUGGUGACGAACGUGACCUCGUUGUUGAAAACCGUAAAAGCGGUCGAGGACGAACACACGCGGGGCACAAGGGCUUUGGAAUCGACGAUCGAGGCUAUCGGCCAAGAAAUUCGGGCUCUGAAUACCCCGGACAGUCACAAAAUUGUCGUAACACCGGAGGAUCUUGUUCGGUGUACAAAAGGCAUAACGACAGCAACUGCAAAAGCUGUUGCAGCUGGGAACAGCUGCAAACAGGACGAUAUUAUCGCUGCAGCGAAUUUGGGCCGAAAAUCCAUCAGCGAUAUGCUCGCUAUUUGUAAAUCUGCGGCUUACAAUUGCGCUGAAACGACAGAGCUACGAGAUCGUACUUUACAAGCUGGUCACGACGUCGCGAUGAAUUAUCGUGAACUCUUACAAUCCGUUUUGCAAAUAUCAUCUCGAUCCAGCGAUGCGAAACACACGCUGCCAAUAAUUUCACGAAAAAUCGCCCAGAGCGUAACGGAGCUCGUCGCCGUCGCCGAACUACUCAAAGGCAACGAUUGGGUCGAUCCUGACGAUCCUACUGUCAUCGCUGAAAAUGAACUGCUCGGCGCUGCUGCCAGUAUCGAUGCUGCUGCCAAAAAACUCGCCAGUCUUCGACCACGGAGAAGUAUUCAGGAAACGAGCGAGGACAUGAACUUCGACGAGAUGAUUCUUGAGGCUGCAAAAUCAAUCGCAGCGGCGACAUCCGCCCUCAUCAAAGCAGCAAGCGCGGCUCAGCGCGAGCUCAUCGCGACCGGGAAAGUAUCGAGAACGCCUCUGACCUCAUCCGACGAUGGCCAAUGGUCCGAGGGCUUGAUUUCUGCCGCUAGAUUAGUCGCCGCGGCGACACACAGUCUCGUCGAAUCCGCAAACGCUCUCGUUCAAGGCGUCAGCUCCGAAGAAAAAUUAAUCUCGAGCGCGAAACAAGUUGCGAGCAGUACCGCUCAACUACUCGUUGCUUGCAAAGUCAAAGCCGAUCCUGACAGCGACAACACGAAGAGACUCCAAGCUGCUGGAAAUGCUGUGAAACGAGCAACUGACAAUUUAGUCCGGGCCGCACAACAAGCCAUUCAACAAGAAGAAGAAAGAUCUCUUGUCCUCAAUCGUCGCAUGGUCGGUGGAAUGGCUCAGGAAAUUGACGCGAGAUCGGAAGUUUUGAGAAUCGAACGAGAACUUGAAGAAGCCAGGGGACGGCUGACUGCGAUUAGACAAGCGAAAUACACCCAACAACAGCAGAUGGAGAGCAAAAGUUUUGAAGAACGUCAACCGAGUGGAAAAGGAUUCAAUCAAGCCUUGGAAAAUUUACAGUCGUCCGGUAACCAAAUCGGUCACAUAGCGAACGACCGUGAGAACCUCGUGAGUCCUGAAAAAGUCCAUUCGACUCAAAGUACUCUGGAAAGGCGUAUGAAAGAAAAUCAAUAUCGCGACGGUAGCUACGGAACAUUGGAAUCCCGGAAAUUCAACGAUAGUCCGGAUUAUCAGUAUUCAACUUUGGAUAGUCAACGAUCGAGAUUCGGCUCGAAUGAUACCUCGAGCGAGCGGAUUCGUUAUCCGAGUUCGGACACGAUGCACUCCUACACGAUAACCGACCGGGUUUUUCCCACUGACAAUUCGCCAGCUCAAUACAGCUCCAUUGAACGAAAGAUAAAUCAAGAAUCUUACGACACGAACGACAGAACAAACGACCUUUACGAUACCACGAGCAGUAAAAUUCCAUUGAGAAAAAAUCAAGAUUCGCGCGAACCGAUUUAUGCCGGAAAAAACUUGCAGAAUCAGCAGCAAGAAGAGUUCUUGAAACGAGAGAAGAGUUUUGAGUCUUCGGUGAAAAAAAUUCACGAAAGUUCGCAAGGCCCCCCACCUCCGCCACUGCCUCAAAUGCCCCGUUCUCCAGUUCGCAAGAAUAUCAACGAAUCUUCAUUCGGCAAAUUUUCUCAAGAGCAACACUAUCAUGAGGACAAACAAACGAGUUUCGAAAAACGAUCCAACGAAAAUUUAGACCCGAGCUACUUCCCUCCGGUAGGAACAACCUCGACGAUUGUCAACGAACGAUUCACCACUUCCACGCCGAUGAGCACGUUCCGCAGUGAAAAAUCCUCCGAUCAACACACUCCACCGCGUUCUUACAUCGCGACCGCGGGUAUUCCACAAAGCCAAACGUACAAAAAUGUCGAUAACAAAGUAAUACCGGGCGGACGAAUCGAAACGAUAACUACGAAAAUUUAUACCUCGGCACCUGGGAAAUCGAGCAGCAGCAGCAGCAGUACGAAUUUCGAGAAAAUGGAGAAGAACGAAUUCUCCACGAGCGGCAAUGACAUGUCCACUUUCAAGGCUCUUGACUCCGGUAACAAAGAGAGUCUCGAACAACGCACAAUCAAACAAUCGACGUUACAAAAAGUAACGGAAAAGAAAACUGUCACGAUGACUACUUCGAAACGUCACGAAUCGAACACCAAAUCUUUCAGGUUUGAAGAAAAAAAAUAAGUCUGGAAAAAUACGAAAGAGAAUAAUUGAACGGCAUUUCGUUCGAAUUGUUACGGCAAACGCACAAAGAAAUUGCGUUCUCCAGAGUUUCCGGUAAACAUUCUUUACGAGAAAGAAUCAUAUUUUUUUUUGCUGUGUCGAGAGCGUCAAUAGCGAAUUAUAUAGAAACAAGCAAAAAAUGAAAGAUAUUUAAAGUGUCCUUAGAUAGAAAAACGACAAUGUGCUUUCGAAUUUUCUAGCCUUUUUAGCGUGUAAUACGUGAAUUGCCUUUUCGAGCGCUGAAAUUGUAGAUAAAAAUUUACAGCGGCCAUUAUUUUAUAUAACUAUACAAUAUUCGUCAUGCCUUGUUGGUCGUCGAGCCGACGAAUUUUUAAAAUCUUAUUUAGAACCAUCCAUUGAUAGAAAAAAAAACAAACAAACGUUUGGUCAAUUGAUAAAUCGAUUGAUGCUAGAAAGAAUGAAGAGUCAAUAGAAACGAAGCUUUGCUCCGAAACGAGAGAUAGGCACGAAUUGUUUCCGUCUGAUUAACGAUUUUAGUUUACACAAAAUCUAACAUAAUAACUGACGUUUAAACACUGUUUUGAGUACAUCGAGCAUUAUUCACGCUGCCUCUAACUUUUCAGUUGUUUUUCGCUGUAUUUUCAUUUAGCCUAACUUAAUAUUAAUUUCUUAAGUUUGAGAGUCGAUAAGAUAAAAUACGAGCAUCAAAAAACGACUAACAAGAGAAGCGACAUAUCAUUUAAUUUUAUUAAUUUUCCAGUGCCGUGGACAAAAAGUGACUUCCCUCAACGGGGGGGUCUCCGCGGUACAAUUUUUCAUUGCUCCCAAAGCUUUCAGCUUCCGCCUCAUUGAUUAAUCAUUUUUACCCGAUCAUUUUACCUCGUCUUUUCAUUCAAUAUAUUAAAUUAUAUUCUCUUCUCUGAAAUAGAAUCUCAAGCUUUCUUACCGUGCUGUCGUGUUCACCUAACCGACAGUAUUCAUCGAUUUAUUUAUUUACUUCUCGCAUUAUCAACAAAACGGAUAAACACCGUUGACUAAGAAAAUUCACUUUCGGUAACCUGAUUUUCUAAAAGUGCAAUAAUUCUUUUUAUACAAUAUCUUUUUUAAAUUUUACAAAACCACCCUACCAACGAUUAACCUCAACUUCGAAUUUAUUCUCACUUUUGUAUCUUUAUAAUCUCCAAAGUGCAACGAUCUCUAUCCAACUGCUUUGAUUGAUUCAUCUAAUUAUCGAAGACGACGUGUCUCCUUUGCAAGAAAACCCGUUUGACAACGUGCCCAGCAGCAUCUUAAUCAUGAUUCAUUUUAACAAAAUACAAAACACAUACAUUAUAUUCACACAUUCUCAUAACAUCGCGUACACACGAUCGAGGAAUUUUUUAAAUCACCGGUCGAUCGAUUUCCACGAAUAGGAAAUCAAAAGCGCGAGUGCCAUGGCGUCGAAGGAAUUAAAACGUUUCAAUAUUUCAAAGGAUAUUGAGCAUGCGAUAAUUUAAUAAAUACAUGUAUACAGAAUAUAUAUAUAUAUAUAAAACAUAAAAGCGAUAUAACAACAUAUUCUAUAUACGAUAUACACAAAUAUAUUACUAUAUAAAAAUCGGUAUAUUGCACGUUAACGCGUAACAAAAAUGGAAAAACAAAAAAAAACACAAAAAAAUUACUUUGUUUCGUUUUUUCUUCAAUUACGAAACGUCAAGUCGUUUUUGGACAAUCGUUGGACAAGCGUAAGAAAAAAGAAAGUAUAUAAUGCACGUAGACAAUUGUCAAAUUCUUCGACAGCCAAAUAAGCCUUAACGAAAAGAUAAACGAGAAAUAUAUUGUGGAAUGUUAUACAUUAAGUUUAUUUUUAUUGUAUUAUGUACGUGAUUUUAUUAUACAUAUAUAUAUAAAUAUGAAUAUAUAUAAACGAUAUAACAAUAUUAAA